AUGGAUCCAGAGGUGCCGCGGGCCCAUGGCAAUGUGUAUGGGGGCGAGACAUGGGGCAACAUCAGCCCUUACAACUCGAGUCCAUAUCAGUACAGUCCCAUGAACGAGUACGGCCAUUGGGGCAGCUACAUUCCUCACGCCUCACAAGCAGAUUCGCAUUAUUUGCCCGCAGAACCCUACGCCAGCAUGUCGUCGGGUCCACCCUCACAGCAACCUCGCUAUAUUAAGCCGGCGCCGACGACGCAAGCGAUGCAGCACCUGUCACAGCUUCCCAUGCUGAACACGGCAUGGCCGAGCCAGCUCACCAACCCGAUGCCGUCAGGGAGCUAUUCAGCACCCGCUCUGUCGACUGUGACGCCGGUGUCCAGUGCUCAGUCUGCCGAGACACCCAAGCCAACGACGCCCUCGGAAAAGGUCAGAAAGCUACUGACCACGGAACAAAAGAGGCAGAUGUGCAAGUACAGCGAGGACAACCCGGGGACUCGACAAGCAGACAUUGGUGCCAAGUUUGGUGUGGAGCGAAGCACAGUAUCAAAGGUCCUACGACAAAAGGACAUUUACUUGAAGAACACAUCCGAGACGGAGAAUGUGCCCGCGAGGAAAAAGGGGCAAGACCUGGAUCGUACACUCAGCAACCACUUUUUGAAGAUGCAGAACAGCGGAUUCGAGAUCAAAGACAACGAUAUCCUGGAGCGAGCCAAGCAGUUUGCGUACGCAAGUGGGCAUACCGAGGACUUUACGAGCAGUUGGCUUCUCAAGUUCAAGCAAAAGCAUGGCAUCGGCAAGCAAAAGGGGACCAGGCUGAUCAGGAGAGCCUCCGAGGCCAACAUACCAGAUAGCGCCAGGAUGUCGACCAGCGUGAAGAAGAAGCGAUCCAUGUCCGGCAUCACCUCGCCGACCUCGGCAACAACACAGCUCUCGCCUCUUUCCGAAAGUCGAAGCGACGAAGACACCGCACCGCCAACGGGCCUUGGGCUGGACUUGGGUUUUGUUGCGGCAUCCCGAUCUUCGACUUCCUUGAACAACGACAUCAUGGGCGAGGCGUCUUUCGUGGAGAGCAAGUCCUCUUCGUUCGGCUCGGGAGCUCUUAGCCCGGUCCACCGGCCGGAAUGGGGUUCGUUCACCGCGAGGAUGGAGCAGAACGGCAUGCUGCCAGGAGGUGCCGCUGUGCAGGGUCUUUCGCAGUACACACUGCAUCAGCCCUCCAUGGAGCCCGUCACGCCUCACCAGCCCGCCCCCAGGGGCUCCCCGACGCUCGAGUCCCCCGGGCAAGAGAUACGAGCCGCACCCUUUGCGAUUGACACCAAUUUCGCUUCCCCUCCGUUGCUCCGUCGAACCAACAGCUCGUCCAGCAUAGGCAACACUCGGUCCAACACCACGGCAGCAACCUCGAUCGACUCUUCGCCCACCUCGCCUUCACACGCCGAAGCGACGCGUUCGGCUACCAUUCUCGUGUACCACAUGCAGGCCAUGAAGUCCAAAAACCAGAGCAUCUUCAACGAGAACGAGUUUGCGACCGUCUGCGAGAUUGUGAGAAAGUUGCAGCUGCAAGGCGACAGCAAAGGCCAACAACCUGGAAAGGCAUCCAUGGGAGGCUCUCUUGACCGUAUCCCCGAGGGCGACGGCGAAAUCAACAGCGGGACGGGAGACCGCGAUAUGAAGAUGGAGAUGGACUGA